GCUGGUUUUUGUCAGCCUCUUUUGCUUCUUUGCGUGCUCAUUGACCUCCGAAAGGCAGAGGAGUUUUCAAAAAGGAAGAAAGAGGAUGGGAGCAAUUCACAAAUCAAAUUCACUCAUCUAGUUUUUUUUUUUCUGUUCUGAACAUAAAUCUGACGUGGCUUUCGCUAUGCCCUUGCUCACACGCGCCGCUGCCACCACUGAGUCGGCCGCCGCGUCACCGCAGCCCAUCUCCACCCUCCCUUCCGCCUCCGUCAGCAGCUCAAGUGCCGCCACCCGCUCGCAAUGGAGCAAAACGUUUGCCAACGGCGACAGCUACAGCGGCGAGGCCCUGCACGUGCACGACAAGAAUCAAAAACCGGUCAAAGACGGCAAAGGACGCUACGCUUGGGCCUCGAGUGGGGCCGUGUAUGAAGGGGAGUGGAAGCUGGGCCGCCCGCACGGGCACGGCGUCAUGACGGUGCCCGGCAAAGACGGCUACGAGUACACCGGCGACUUCGUGGAAGGGCAGCGCUGCGGUCGGGGGCGGUGCUCUUUCGCCAACGGCCGCACCUUCGACGGUGAGUGGAAGGGGGACGAGAUGAACGGCGUCGGCACCGUGCGCGGCGCCCCCGGCGUGGACGACUACGAAGAGUACUCAGGUCACUUCAAGGUUGGCAAGCGAAGCGGCCCCGACGGGAAGUGUGUGUACUUCAACGGCGACGUCUACGAAGGCGCCUGGCUUGCAGGGAAGCGGCAGGGAAUGGGCGAGUGGCAGCUGCAUCGGCAGUCGUCAUCGCUCGCGGUGGCGCCGGUGCGCUACAAAGGGCCGUUUGACAACGACGUCCCGCACACGAGUGGGUCGGCACAGGCGGAGGUGGACUACUCGGACGGCAGCAGCUACCUCGGCGCGGUGAAUGCGCAGCUGCGGCGGCACGGCAGCGGGGUGCACCGCCUCACCAGCGGCGAUGUCUUUGAGGGCGUCUUUGCGCAGGACCAACGCGAGGGUCACGGGACUCUCCAAGGGAGUGACGGGAUGAUCUGUGAAGGUACGUGGCAUCGUGGUCAGCUGGAUGGAGAGGUACGGGUGACCUUCAGUUCUCCCCAAGGUGUGGGAGCAAGGGCUAGCACGGGCACGAGAGCACUCGGGGCAGCUCACGAUGUGACGUCUGACGUACGCAACUUGUACCAGCUUUGUAGGGGUCCUUAUCCGCUGAAGUCCUACGAGGGCCCCUGCACAGCGGGGGUGCUCACUGGCGGCUCUGCCUCGAUCCUUUAUGUUGACGGCAGCAGCUACUGUGGUGCGGUGCGCAACGGUCUGCCACACGGAGCCGGCGUCCUGCGCGACCGACCUUUCCCGUACAACGCUGACGACGAUCACGCGGACAGCAAAGAAAGACCGCGGCGGCGCAUCUCCGUAGCCUGUAUCCCGCCCGCGGUGUCGAUGACGUUGGUGAGCUACGAUGGUACGUUUGCCGCUGGCGAGCCGGAUGGCACCGGCACGGCAGAGUGGCAGGUGUCGACGGCAGCUGCGGCGGUGUCUGGGUCGCCGACUGCGGUGCGGGCGACGCCCUUCAACUUCAGUGAACUGCUUGCCAAGGGUGUCCAGUGGUGGAAGACGUCAGUGUACGCUGUCGUUGACGGGACGUACACAGGUCAGUGGUUGCGUGGGCUGCCACAUGGGCAGGGGGCAUGGCAGUGGGCCGACGGCUCCAGCUACACGGGGGAGGUGGCCUUCUACCUGCCCUCUGGUCAAGGCACGUACUCUAGUUCUUUAGUGCAGUACACCGGAGAGUUCAAAGACGGCCAGCCGCACGGAAAGGGCGCGUGGGAGGACACGUCGCAGAAUAUUUCCUAUGACGGUGAAUGGUCGGCUGGAAAACCCGACGAAAAGGGCGUGUGCUCCGCGAUGGUGGAAAGCGGCAACAGCACCAGCGGUGGCGCGGUGCGGCCGCCUACUUCCACGAGUGCGUCUGUCACGUCACCGUGUGCGACGGUGUACGAAGGCGCCUGGAAAAACGGCAAGCCCUCUGGACAAGGGCGAACGUACGCCAGCGCAGACCGUCAACGGGUGGUGUACGACGGUCACUACGUCGACGGGUGCUGCGAGGGCGAGGGCACGCUCUACUUCGGCUCCGUGCGACGGGGCAGCAUCAACAUGGAAGCUGCGACGGUCGCCGUGCACGCGUACGCGCAGUACCGCGGUGUCUUCCACAACGGACAGCCCGGCGGCGGCCCCGGCUGUCUCACGUUAAAAAACAGCACCACGGUUGAAGGUGCGUUCGACGCGGAUCUGCGGCCGUCUCGUGAGGCGACGAUUACGGUGCAGCCGCACAGCGAAGCGUGGACGUUCACCGGCACGUUUGACGCCACCACACGUCGGGGCCACGGCACGAUGAAGUUCCCGAAUGGCGACGUGUACACGGGUGAGGUGGAGGAUGCGUCGGCCGAUGUUCCAUCGGGGCAGCAGCACCAGCAGUCACCACAACAGCCGAUCCUGUACAACCUGCAGCGACAUGGACAGGGCGUAUAUGCGUUUGUCGAAGGCAACCAGCUGCGGUGUACGUGGCGACACAAUGUCCUCCACGGCGCGGGCGUGUACACGAGCGCCGACGGCGUCAAAACGGAGCGGACGUACGCGGACGGCGUGCUGGUGAACGACAUCGUUGGGUCCACCGUCGGCGCCUCCGGCGGUCUGAGUUCCGUGGGCACUGGCGGGCCCUUUGGCAACGUCUUCACCCCUGAAAAUGAGUUCCCCAACACGCUCUCCGAGGAAGCCCUGAAGUCCUGCUUGCCGGACCUCCCACCGCAGUCCCAACCACAGCAACAGCCGCAACAACGUAAGCGCACACCGUUCCAAUUUGUGCGGCGCGGCGAGGCCCGUCAGGCGUCCACAGCAGGCGCCGCCGCCGCCACUACCACACCGCCGCCUUCCUUGUCGUCGCGUCGCAGCGCUGCCGCAGCUGCCGACGGCGGUGGCACCAACACCAGUAAAAGCCGCGAGCGAUCGCCACCCGCGCCGUCUCUCUCGUCAGAGUCGGCGGGUCCGCAAAGGCAGCCGCAGGGCGCCAUGCCUCGACGAGGUAGUUCCCCGCCUACUUCCAGCAGCGCUGUGAACAGUGGCGGUGUCGGUGGGGGUACGCCGUCCACCAGCAACCGCAGGGCAAGCGAUGCUGCUACACGGGACAGCAAUGCACGCUCGCCUACCCGCGGGACUGCAUCGACGGCUGCUGCGGCUGUGGGACACAAAUACAGCCUGCGACGGCGCCCCGUCAGCACCAGUAGGAAGAGCCCAGGCGGGUCUUCGCCUUCCUCUUCUUCCGUUGCUGCCGGCAGCGAGCAGGCUGACGCUAAAGCGCAGAACAACAGCGCAUCAAAAAGGGCGCCCUCGCCAUCGUCGAAGUCGAUGUAUGUAAACCGCUUUCAGGCCGGUAUUUGCCAUCUGGAUAACGAGCCCCCGCGCUCACCGUCGCCGUCCUCUAGCAGAUCCGGCGUCGCCUCAUCGACGGUAGACAGCGCUGCAAAGGGCACGUCGCUCUCCGUCAACACGCCUGCGCCGAAAGGUGGUCCGCUGCGUCGCCGCUUGGGCUCUGCCUUGGCAGCUGGCCGCGAUCAACAGGAGCAGUUCCCAUCACGUCGCAAACCGGCGCCCGGGUCUCUUCACGGCUCUCUAAAGGAAAUGAUGAAGACGGCGUGCACCAUCCGCAACAGCCGCGAGGAUGAGAUCCACCUCUUGACGGAGGAGAUGCGGCAGCUAAAUGAGCGCAUUUGGCAACUUCGCUUUGUCAUCGCAAACGAUGCCGGCAGUGGGGGUGGGGGUGGUGGGCAAGCAGCGACGGCGGCAGCGCCGUCGACACGCAGCCCUCCUUCACCGGUGCGGCGAUCCUCGAAGAACGGGGCUGGGGUGAAGGGGUGGGACACGGAGUCACCUGCGUCGCGGACGCAGCGACUUGCGGCGCUGGUACAGGAGCGGCGCGUUAUCAUGGAGAAGUUACAAUAUGUGGUGAACACUCCUGAAUAG